AUGAGUUCACCACUACCUAAUAAAUGUACUUCAUGUGAAUACAAAUCUUCACUUAUCACCUCUUACAUGAGUAAAGUAAAUAGCCUUACUAAUCAAUUAAAAAAGUUAAAAAUAAAACAAACAGUCAAGUGUAAACAAAAGUUCUCUUGGAAAUUAGUUAACAAUGAUAAGAAAAUGAACUUUUAUACUGGUAUAUCUUCCAUAGCUAUUUUUAACGUUAUUUUUGGUUUAUUAAAACCAUUUUUACCCUCAAUUCGUUAUUGGAGAGGCCCAAAACAUUUACAUAGCAAAGUUAAGCAACUCAAAUCUGUAUCUAAAUGUAAACUGUUAUCACACAGAGAAGAACUUUUAAUGACACUUAUGCGGUUGCGCUUAGGUUUAUUAAAUGAAGAUAUGGCUGAUCGUUUUGGUAUUUCAAAAUCUUUGUGUUCUAAUACUUUUACAACUUUUAUUAGAAUUAUUGCUAAUAUUCUUGGACAAGCUAUUAUUGUUUGGCUGCCAAGUGAAGUCAUAAAAAAAAACUUGCCACAGUCUUUUGUGAAAGCAAAGCAUCACAAGUGUAGAGUGAUUCUUGAUUGUUUUGAAAUAUUUAUUGAACGUCUAAAGUCCCUUUACAACCAAGCAGUGACUUGGUCUGAUUAUAAGCAUCACAACACUGUGAAAGUAUUAAUUGGUAUAGCACCAAAUGGAUACAUAACGUUUCUAUCCAAAUGUUACGGUGGCAGAGCAUCAGAUAAAUUUAUUACAAGUGACAGUGGUUUUUAUGAUCUGUUGGAAAAAGACGAUGAGGUGAUGGCAGACAGGAUUUCAAAUAAGAGAAGAACUAUUAUUUCGUUAUUGCAGCUUAUCAGUCCCACCAAGUGCAAGAGUAAAAAGUCAAAUGACUGCAAGUGA